CUGUCCACGUGUUGACGCAGUGUGCCAGCUGUGUGCUUUUAAACAGCUUGGAUGGUUGUUUCUUUUCUUCCCGAGCCUUUCUAAACCAAAAACACGGGGACAAAAGUGUAAGGAAUGGAUUAAACAUUUUAUCUGAAGGCAACACGUCUUCUGUUUAGAUCUUGGCACCCGCUCGUUUUCAGGAAGUCUGUGCGUCUUUUUGAGCUGAUCUUCAAAGAAGCCACUUUUUCCGAUAUUUCUUAGUGAACAAUGGCUCCAAAACCCAUACGAAGAGCUUUAAAAGACAUGUUGGCGAACCUGUCAAUGGAGGAUUUUGAGGAUUUCUGCCAUGAGCUUGUUAACCGCAGAGGAGAGCAACAAGUCUCACUUAGCAGGGUGGAGGGGAAAAGCCGUUUAGACAUCGUACAAGUCCUGGUCUCAACGUUUACUGAGUCCGGAGCUCUCCAUGUGGCUGUGGAGAUACUGAGAGAGAACAACUGCGGCGAUGCUGUAGAGGAACUCCUUUCUUGCACGGGCGGACAGUCCUCAAAACCUGGUUCCAGCGAGACUGGAGCUACUGGUGUACAAACCAAGGCAGACAAUGGCUGCACAGAUGGGGAGCACUUUGUGGACAAACAUAGAACACAGCUGAUCAACAGAGUGUGCAGCAUUCCCGAAAUUUUAGAUGAGCUCCUCGAAAAAAAAGUAAUCCAACCAGGGGAUUAUGAGGAAAUCAUGGCUCUCCCCACCUCUCAGGGUCAGAUGAGGAAGCUCUACAGUGGUCCCCUGAAUGCAGCUGGACUUGAGGGCAAAGACGUCUUCUACAAGAUCCUUGAGAAAAAGCAGCCUUAUCUCAUGAAUGAACUCAAGAAAAACUAGUGAUUGUUAGACCAAACAUACACUCUUGCCUGCACCAAAAAUGUUUUUAAAACAAUAACAAUAGAGUAAUACUUAUGUAAUGCUAUGUCUCUCUGGGUGUUUUCUAAAAGUAAUUGCUUCUGUGCUUCAUGUUUAAUCAGUGAUCCUUAAUUUGACUCUAAAUGAGUCAACACUUAUAUGGUGUGUGGUGUCUUUUCUGCCCUCAUCAGUGAGGCUCUUUUUAAUGAAAUACAUUUUUUCCUGUAAGGCUAAAACCGGAUUCAGCAAAUGUGUAUCUGACAAUCAUGUAAGAAAUGAAUGAGGGUUCUCACCAGACAUGUAACUGCAAAUGGAUAGUCUGUUUUUAACCUAAUUAUUUGAUGUAUAUUAAAACAAUCAUGAAUGAUUAUCCAUAAGUGUGGCAUGUAAAAAAGAUUUAAGCUUUGAUUUAUGCCAAAUAUGCUAAAACAUUGUUUUAUCAUUUAAUUCUACCAAAUGAGAGUAUGUUUACUUUUGGAGGGUCAUCUAUUUUGUAAUUUUAUAUACAUUUUAAAUAAAAUCUUCUGAUUAUG